AACAGACAGUAAAUCGGCGUGUGCGUGUUGUUUUUAAUCGUCACUUCAGCUUAGAGACGUUUAUUGUGAUCUGUCUGUUCUUACUGGACUGACGUGAACCUGAGCUCUAGUCUGAACUCCAGGACAGUGAGGCUGUAGAGGAGUUAGCGGACUGAGUGUGUGUGGCCUGCUGAAGGGUGAUGAAGUGGCGGAGGUGGGUUGAGUUCAGUGUGAAGUCUACACUCCUCUGCUCCUCGUCUGCACCUCUGUGUCGCUCCUCCUCUUCCUCACAUCUCCGCAGGGUUCAGCACGUGCUGGAGAGCCGCUGUUACAGCACCGUGAUGGCUGAAGAGGCGAAGAAGCUGGCCGCCUACGCUGCUGUGGACAGCCACAUACAGAACAACCAGGUGGUGGGAGUGGGGAGCGGCUCCACCAUAGUCUAUGCUGUGGACAGACUGGCUGAGAGAGUAAGGCAGGAGAAGCUGAACAUUGUGUGCGUUCCUACGUCCUUCCAGGCUCGUCAGCUGAUCCUGCAGCAUGGCCUGUCUCUUUCAGAUUUGGACAGACACCCCGAUCUGGACGUAGCAAUCGACGGAGCUGAUGAGGUGGAUGAUUCACUCACUCUUAUUAAAGGAGGCGGAGGAUGCUUGACUCAGGAGAAAAUUGUAGCCGGCUGUGCCAAACACUUCAUCGUCAUUGCUGACUACAGGAAGGACUCGAAGGCAUUGGGGCAGCAGUGGAAGAAAGGCGUGCCGGUGGAAGUGGUCCCCAUGGCGUACGUGCCUGUGUCCAGGGCCAUCACUCGGCGCUUUGGUGGGGAAGCUGUGCUGAGGAUGGCUGUCAGUAAAGCGGGCCCUGUGGUGACUGAUAACAGCAACUUCAUCCUGGACUGGAAAUUUGAGCAUGCUCAGAACUGGAAAGAGGUCAACACUGCUAUCAAAAUGAUCCCAGGUGUUGUGGAGACCGGUCUGUUUGUGGGAAUGGCUGAGAGAGUUUACUUUGGGAUGGAAGAUGGAAGUGUGAAGAUCAGAGAUGCUCCAAUGAACUGAAGAAACAUACAGAGAAACAGAAAGCUCUGUCCUUUCCUGUCCUUAACACCUCAAGUGCCAGUGCAGUGUACACACACACGCGCACACACACACACACACACACACGCAACUCUUUGUGUUGUCUACUAGGAGUAGCAAGAGCCCCUGCUGGCGAAACGGUACACCACUAGAACAUUCCUUAUAAUCUCAUGUAGGUCUGUGUGUAUGUAUUAUGUGAAAUUAUACAUACUGAUCAAUCAUGAGGGUUUAGAGGUUCUAUGCAUUCUUUUUGUUUUCUCAAUAUUUUGCUGUUUUUUCAUCCUGUUAUUGUCACAGUUUGAGUAAAUGUGAAACUGUUAAAUCAUCCUGGCCUCUAUACAAGAUGUAGUGCAGCCUAAACAACAGACAGACAGAUUAAGCCCAGUCUAACUAACUGAUUAUUAUUCACUGAAGAUCUGGGAAAAAGCCUCUUUUGUGUUUCUCACACACUGAUCUCUGUGCCUCAUGCAUCUUUUCAGUCAUUAUGUCGAAGUUGUUGCCUAUUUUCCAUUUUACUUUUGUUUAAGUUCAACCAAAGCAUAACAGGGAUCUGCUAAUACAGGGUUAUGAUGCAGAUCAAUACUAUUUAAUACAUAUAUAAUAGGAUCAAUACAUGCAUUUACAAUUUGUUUUCUUUAGAUUUGUUCAGUUUGCAGUUUUCACAUUUUAAUCAUUUUCUGUAGUCUGUUUUGACUAAAACUUUUUUUUUUUUUUCUCACAUUUGUGUAGAUUGAGCAGUUUAGACAGUUUGAAAUGUGAGAAUCUACAGGAUGAACCACAUGCCAGUUAACUGAGUUUGGAUUUAAUUUGUAAAUGUUAUAUAAUGUGCCUGUAGACACACUCAUCAGGGAUUCAGAGUACCACUUAACUGGAUCACCCCAUCAGGCCUUACUUAUGUGUGAUAUUAAAACAGAUGUUUGUUUAACAUCUGGAAUGGGCAUUAGGAAUUUGAGAUAAUAUUUUACACACCAGCUUUAUUUUGGAAAUUUUGUUACCAACAUUACUGUGAUGUUAUGGAUUUGAUUUGUGAUCAGAAUCCUAAACUGUUAUGCUCUUGACUGAAGACAAAUAUAUUAAAGAGGACUGUUGAACUAA